AGGACGGUUGAUGUCUCUCCGCCUCUCGCCAUGUCUCUCUUGUGGCUCCUCCUGACGGCGUCCCUGGCAGCCCUCGCAGCAUCCUUGCCCCGCGGGAUCACAGACGACAGGAAGUUCGUCCUGGACAACGUGUUCAUCCCUCCUUCGGCGCCCUACGGCUUCGUCGUCGGGGAGAUUCGUGUCUUCUCCAACGAAGUCACGAUCAGGCCGAGGUCUCGCAGACCACCGGGAGGGAAAACGCCACCCCGAGGGACCCAGCCAUCUUCGGUGCUCGAGACGGGUUCCAUCGCCAACACCGUCGUGACCUCCCGGCCUAUCGUGACCUCUCGCCCCGUCGUGACCUCCCGGCCCGUCAUAACCUCCCGCCCUGUCGUGACCUCCCGCCCUAUCGUAACCUCCCGGCCCUUCGUGACCUUGCGACCAGCCGUCCAGGUAGAUCAUGAGCCAACGACGACAGGUGCGACGGCGAGCGAGGGCGUGAAAUCCGACGCGGGCGUGAAGACGUUCGGGCAAAUCAAGUCCAACAGUGGCCUCGAAGUGCGCCCGACGGAGACGCCAGAUUCACUCGAAGCCCUUGCAGAAGCGAGGCCCUUGAGCUCGAGCUCGAUUGUCAAGGCCAACCUGAGCUUCAGACUCGAGGAAAUGCUGAGGAAGAGGCCGACGACGGAGUCACAAAGCAAGACGGGGAUUCGGACGAGCUCGGAUGACGUCGUCCAGCAUCCGAAGUCCCUUGUGAGUUCCGAAUCCCGCGCCGAACCCAAGCCGAAGCCGCCCCAAGACUUCAAAACACUGGAGGAACUCGAAUCCUUCUUAUCGUCAAGCUCGAACGACGAGUUCGAGGCGUUCCUGAGGUCCAGCACCGACGAGGAGCUCCAGAACUUUUUGAGACUAGCCACUGAAGAGAAAUCGGAGCCCUCCCCUGCCCCCGAGGCCGACGAGGACCUGCAGGCCUUCCUCGCGUCGGACUCCAGCAAGGAGUUCGAAGCCAUCGUCAUCCCGGGCCUCGGACAGGAACCGGGCGCCAUCAUCAUCAUCGGACCGGAACACGAAUCGAACCCGGCCGAGCGAACCCACGCCAAACGCACGACGGAACCCGUUUCGAAGCUUCGAGAACCGGCAGCAGCGACGCCAGAACCGGCCGCGAAGCUCACAGAACCAGAGCUAACGGCGACGCAUGCAGAAGAGCUUUUCGGCGACGACGAAGACCUGCCUGACAUGAUCAUUUCCGGAGCCACGAUCACUUUCACGCGGCCGUUCAGAGAGCGAGCCCAGCGGUGAGAGGGCGCGUGGGCUCGGUUUGUUUGUUUGUUUGUAUAUGUGUGUGUCUGUUUACUUGUUUCCAUACGUGUUUGUUUGUUGUAUACGCGUGUAUUUGUUUGUAUUUACUUGUAUACGUGUGUGUUUGUUCAUGUUUGUUUUUAUGAGUGUGAUUUGUAUAUGUGCGUAUAUGUAUGUGUGUGUCUGUGUGUGUGUGUAAGAGAGAGAGAGAGAGAGAGAGAGAGAGAGAGAGAGAGAGAGAGAGAGAGAGAGAGAGAGAGAUCGGGAAAGGGGUGGGAAGGGUCCGUUCCCCAGACUUCACCCAUUAUGCAUCAAGACUCUUCACACGCUGGGGAUCGUAGCCUCAGACAGUCAGGAUUUUUCUCGUGAUUAUUAAAGCCCAUUUAAGACUUGCCAGCGAGCGUAUCGAGAGCACAGUUUUCAAGCUGAAUUCUCAAACAAAGAAGAAAUUUUAAACUCAAAACUGUACAAAGAAACCAUUCUGACGUCCAGAUAAAAGACAUUUUCUCAUAAGUAGUCCAAGACUUAAUGGGCAUUAAGAUGUACUCAAACACCUUAAAGAAUAUAAGAAAGAAAGACAUAAACUUGUGUAAUAUUUAAUUUCAACAUACGAUGAGAAAUUCCUAACUGGCUUAAGAUAUGGUAAACUGCCCUGUCUCUCCAAUAAGGAUAUUUAUAUUUAAUACUAUUGAAUUAUAUUAUAUCAAAGACAUAUAUUAUUGUGAGGCCGUGAGGAACAUUACUUUGUAAUAAAAUAAACAGU